UUGUCACAGCAGUUGGUGUGACUUGAAUGUUUUAAUUCUUGGUUGGGAUAAAAUGUCAACAAUUGUAAAACAAGAAAUGGAUGACAAUAAUGAUAAAGAAAAUCAAGGUUUGAAUACGAGUCGGCCUGGAUUAAAAGAAGAAGUCGUAACCAAAGUUUUAAAAGAUAGCGGUAAUAUUGGUUGUGAUGAUGUACAAGGUGAUGGCUCUGGAUCAGAAUAUGAAGAUUGUCGGGACGAAAUAUCUUCAUCACCUGUGUCAACUACAUCUGACGCUUGGGAGUCGUUAGCUGGGGAUCCGGUUAGUGACAACCCCUUGAUGACGUCAUCGAUGAUGGAAGAAGAGAAGAAACUUUCAAGCGAAGGGCAGAAGUCAGAAACGGAGUUGAAACAAAGGUCUUUGAAAGAGUGGAAAGAGAUUUCUGAAGAGAAAAGAUUGAAACAGCUAAAUCAUUUGCUUGAAAAGAGCAGUGUUUAUGCCAAUUAUCUUCUAAAUGUGAUUGACACUUGUAAAGAGGAAGAGAAAAAGAAAAUGGAAAGAAGAGAAAAGAGAAAAAAGAAAAAGUUGGCUUCAGCCAAAAAAGUUGAAAAACCUGUAAAAAAUUUGCGAGCUAAGAAACGAAAAGCUGAGGAAAAAGUUGUCGUCGAGAAAUCACAACCUGUAAAGAGGAAAAAGAAAAAUGAAACUCCAGACUCUAACUUUAGCAUUGGUGAUAAAGUUCACGUGAAAAAGAUAAGUCACGAUCACGAGGAGGAUUUGGUUGAAGCAAACGUCACGGAUGUUUGUUUCAUGAAUGAUGUUUAUAAAUACCAGGUUCAUUACGUUGGUGCGGGGAAAAAGGCAAAUGAGUGGAUUGAAGAAAAAAUGAUCUUAGUGUUGGAUGAUGAAGAUCAAGAUGAGGAUGGUGUUAAAAAGAAGAAAAAUGUAAGUGAGGUUGAUAUUGGGAAGAUCAAUAAAGAUGAUUUGCUUGCAUCAAAGUUGUACAUGGGUGAUGGUGGGAAACAAGAAGCAAGAAUUAAAGUUAUAAAUGGAGUGAUGCAAAUAAAUGGCCAAGAUGUUCCACCAAACCAGCCCGAGUAUUUAACUGGUGGCGUGUUGCGACCGUACCAGAUCACAGGCUUUGAAUGGUUAAAGGUUCUCUUUGAUAAUGCUGUGAAUGGGAUUCUUGCUGAUGAGAUGGGUUUGGGCAAAACUAUUCAAUGCAUUGCAAUGAUAUGUAGGCUUGUUAAGUCAGGGUUCACCGGUCCUUUCCUUGUAUGUGCUCCACUUUCAACUAUUUGUAACUGGAUUAAUGAAUUCAAAAGAUUUGCUCCAAGGAUUCCGGUGUUAUUAUAUCACGGUAGCGCAGCAGAGAGGUGCAUUCUCGCUUCUACUAUUUCUCAUCUCAGUCCUGAUCUUGGAUGUCACCCAGUGGUUGUUACGUCAUAUGAAGUUCUAAUCCGAGAUCGCCCAACUUUGGGAAAACACUCGUGGGAAUAUUUGAUUGUGGAUGAAGGACACAGGAUCAAAAAUAUGAACUGUCGGCUAAUUAGGGAACUUAAAGCUCUUAAAGUAAAUGCAAAGCUGUUGUUGACUGGCACACCACUGCAGAACAAUUUAUCAGAGCUGUGGUCUCUGCUUAACUUUCUUCUGCCUGAAGUUUUUAACGACCUCAGCACGUUUGAAGCGUGGUUUGAUCUUAAGAAGAUACAGAAAGGAAUUGAAUCGCAGCAGCAACAAGAUGUAGUGAUAAAACUGCAGAAGAUUUUGGUUCCUUUCUUGUUGCGUCGCACAAAAAGUGACAUCCAGAUAUAUCUUCCCCCAAAGAAAGAGUUAAUCGUCUUUGCACCUUUGUCUGAAAGCCAGAAUGAAAUCUAUCAAGCUAUUGUGAACCGAACAAUCAGACAGUAUUUGCACGAGGAUAAAGAUAAAGAUGAGCAGAAUGAACUUGCUCUAGAGAGAAUCUCCAACGACAGCAAUCAAAGUGAUCAAGGUUUCUAUGAGAGAGAAACAAGAAGUUCAACGUUGGCUACACGACAAGGGAAGGAGAGAGAGGAUAGGAUGACAUAUGAUGAUGAAUCUGUUGUUAAUGUUUCGCUCAGCAAUCUCAUGAUGCAGCUAAGGAAGUGUUGCAAUCAUCCUUACCUUAUCAAGUAUCCUCUCAUACCUGGUACCGACAUCUUCCGGGUUGAUGAAGAACUCAUCUCAUCAAGUGGAAAGCUCCAACUCCUGGAUCGGAUGCUGCCUGUGCUCAAGAAGAAAGGACACAAAAUCCUCCUCUUCAGCCAAAUGACAAGUUUGCUUGAUAUUCUCGAGGAUUUCUGUAACUUCCGAAAUCACUCGUAUGUCCGACUAGAUGGGUCAACGAAAUGUGAAGUUCGACAAGAACGAAUUGACGAAUACAACCGUGAUCCUGACCUGUUCAUCUUCUUGUUAUCGACGCGUGCAGGAGGUCUUGGCAUCAACCUCACCUCAGCUGACACCGUGGUCAUCUAUGACUCAGACUGGAACCCACAAAACGAUCUUCAAGCCCAGGAUCGCUGCCACAGAAUCGGGCAAACACGUUCCGUCCUGAUUUAUCGAUUUGUCUCGUCGAACACGGUCGACCAGUUCAUGGUUGAGCGAGCAGAAGCGAAGCGUGUCCUUGAGAGGAUGAUUAUUAACCGGAAUAAGUUUAAAGGAAAACUCGCAGAAGAUUUGAAUUCCAAAGAAGGAACUUCGAGCGUUUCAACUCAACUUCUUUCCCUGCUUCAACAAAAUAAAAGCGAGAAGACCAUGCCAGCUAUCAGCGAUAAAGAUUUGGUCGAAAUAAUGGAUCGGGAAAAUGUGAUGAAAAGUGAAAAACUUGAAACCAACCACUGUCUUAUAUCUAGUUCUGUUGUUUAGACAAUUUUAAAGACUUUUACAACUGCCACAUUAGAAAACUUUAGAACAAUUUGUCAAAAAAAUCAUCUUUGGAAAAUCCAGGAUGCUCUGUGUGCCAUGUACAUGUAACAUGUUAUUACUUUAGCAAUUUGUAUUCCUGAUUCUUGGUUAUUUCCAUAUGGUAUCAUAUUCCUUACCUGUUAGGCCUAUCAUCGAAAUGCAUAAUUAAUAUUAUCCAUAUGUGGGUGCUCAACUGCUCUCUUUGUAUGCCCAUACUGCUUAAUAGCAAAGCAAUGUCAUCACAUAGAUACAAUUUAUGGCGCAAGUAUCAAACAGCUAAUAUUUUCUUCCGAUACAGUAUUUUUAUACAAAUUUCAUUUCUAUUCAUUUCAAAACAAUCAUAUUUGUCUAAGUUUAAGACAACACAGUUUUUGCAUAUACUUGUUUGUUCUUUUAUAUGCUUACCCCUCCUGCUAUACUACUUAUUAUUAAUAUAACCUCUUACUGCCUUACAACAUUACUGCCAAAACAACAUUUUUUUAUACUUAUAGGGCCAUGACUUUAUAUUCUUAUUAAUUCAUUUCCUAAUUUUGCAAUUUCAAUAUUUUCAAAGUGAACUUCUUGCCGUGGCAAAAUGAUUUUGAGCAAUUUUAACCGUUUUGUUGUUUUCUAG